AGUAAUGGCGGCUGUUUUCUCUGUGCCGAUGUUAAAGUGAGUGCGAAGUGGUGAGGUAAUUUUUUGGUGAUCGGUUGGUAUUUUUAUAAUUAUUGAAGAUGUUACGUUUUCUAACGAAAACGGUGAAGCUAAACGACGGUCGUCUUUCUUCUAUUGUCUUCGGCCAGCACGUUAGAUUAGUUCAAACCGAUUCGUUACAGGUGCCGUCCGGGGUUCCACCAAUUCCCCCUCGUCCUGCCCUUCCUAUUAUAACGUCUCGUAAAUUACAGUAUCCUCCAAAAUAUACCAAACCUCGUCAAGCGUGGGUAGAGGGGCUCGAUACUUUAGAAAGUGUAAAAUUGGGUACGGUUGAUCUACAUCCGGAUGUAUUUGCCGUUCCACCCAGACUAGAUAUGCUACAGUUCAACGUCCAGUGGCAAAUGUUAUAUCGAAGAGUCGAUUGGAAGUGCGUGCGAACUAGAGCCGAAAUGCCGGGCGGAGGACGCAAACCCUGGCCCCAGAAAGGUCUGGGACGGGCCAGACACGGAAGUAUACGUUCGCCCCUUUGGAUAGGCGGCGGAGUGGCUCACGGACCCCGCGGACCCAAAACUCGUUUCUUUAUGCUGCCGUAUUUCGUCAGAGUGAAAGGUCUGGUCGUGGCACUUUCCGUGAAAUUUGCGCAGGACGACCUGAAGAUCGUCGACGGUCUGGACCUGCCCACGGACGAUCCGAAAUACCUGGAAGAGUUGGUGGAGCGUCGCCGCUGGGGACCCUCCGUCCUCUUCGUCGACGAUGCCGACGUCGUGCCGAGAAACGUCGGCCUGGCAGUCGACGGGAUCGGACAUUUAAACCUGAUGCCGGUCUACGGAGUUAACGUUUACAGUUUGUUAAAGCACGAAACCGUAGUUCUGACUCUUGCCGCUCUUGCAAAAAUUGAAGAACGUUUAUUAUUUAAUCUCAAUCGUUCCGACAUCUGUGACGUUCAAAAGAAAUAUGAGAAUCUUUUUCAUUAAUUUGGCUAUCUGUCGGACGUGACGAUGUCUAAAAGUACAUUAGACGACUAGUUAAUACCCUACGUAUGUAAUGUCUGACGAAAAUGUGUCGUUUUAAAGCGUCGAGUUGUUUUCCGACUCGAACGUAGGACAAACUACUUAAAUAACGACGAGUUUAGCAAUGUUUAAUAAAUAAUUUUUAAAGUGCAAGUUAAAAUGGAAAUGAUUUAUUAAUAUUGUUUAUAUCAUGGUUGGUAACUUAUGUGGACUUCUCUAAGUGAGACUUUACAUUUGCCGGGCGUCCUCGACUCUGUGCCAAAGACAUAAGUAAUCAUUAUAUAAGUUAAAAAAAAAAAAAAUACAGUUGUUGGUCCAAAGUAACUCGGAUUCUGCACUCCUGACUUUAAUUAUUUAAUAAUGCCAAUGAUUUGCAAAAAUUGGUGAAAAUUUAAAAUGAAGAAACAAAUAUUCUCCGAAACUAAUGUUUAAAAUUAAUACCUUCGUCUUUACCACGGGCAAUUAAAGAUGUUUACAUAACAUGAAGUAUUUUGCCAAUAUAAGAUUAUUUACUGAUAUAUUUCCAAUAAUAUUCUAUAACAAAAUUAAACUAUUUACUAAAUAUAUAUAAUACAUUAAUUCUAGAGUUAAUCCAAAAUUAUGGUUGAUAGAAAAUACCUAAAAAUUUAUUUUAUUCUUUUUUUUUAAUACAAGUUUAUCUUCUGUCGUUUUUGGUUUUUUCAAAAUCACUAAGGACAAAAGAUAAACAUCAGAGGACUACUAUCCCUGGAUCAAUAAUUCCUUUUAUUUAUUUUUUCGUAUGUGUAGGAAUGACCAACAAUCCUGGCAGGUACCAAUGAUAUCUAUGAAAAAUAAAUUCUUGCUUUUUUUUGUAAAAUCCAUUUACAUAAUUGAAAGACUAUAGUAAAACUUUUUACUGAAUAUCCUGAAUAGCCAAUAAUAAUAAUAAUUUUAUUAUUUUAAUAAAAACAAUUACUAUUUAAUAUGUUACUCUUAAAUAUCAACAUGAAAAUACUUGAAAGUCAAAAAUCAUUCUAAUAGUAAAAUUUAUACAUUUUGACCACAUUAUAAUAAAUCAUUGCACAUUAACUAAAAACUCUGGUGAAUACUAGAAUCUAUACACUACAGUGAAGUAUUCCUAUAUAGUUAGUAUAUUUCAGCUUUCUUGCUUUAUUCAUUUGCUACUAAAAGUAAUUACAGGAUUGUUCAAAAUCCACAUGUACUGUGAAAAAUAUCAUUUUACCUAUUAGAUGUGGAUUGUUCCAUUACUAGGUAAUUAAAAAAUAAUUCUUUGGUUCAGAAAAACAAAUUCCAAGUUUUGGUUGUUUGGGCUUAGUAUUUUUAAAAUAAAUUAUCCAUCUUCAGGUUGGUUCCUUUUGUGUUUGUUGUCUGUUUUAUUUUAUUUGCCUAAUAUGUAUUAAUUUUUUGCAAUCCUUUGCUCAAUAUUUCAUUUACAUAUUUUUACAUUUAUUUUCUUUUCUGCUUAUUUCUUUUAUCUACAAAAUAUAGUGACUCCAAAUGAGUUCUUACUACAGUUCUUAACAGAAAAAUUAAAAAUGAACAGAUUAAAGAAACUUUGACAAACUGGGACAACAGGGGGAAAGUAAAAAUUUUUUUAAAAAUGAGGAUGUAAUAUUUAGUCCCUUUUACAAGUAAAUUGAAAAGUCUCGAAGAACAGUUGAUAUCUACCCCAAAAUUUACAAAUAUUCAUAAACAAUUACAUAAAAUUAAAAAUACAUUACAUUAUACAUUAAAUACAAUAUAAAUUAAAACAAAAAAUUAUAGAAGUUCUUGGAAGAAAUUUGUUUUGAAGAACCAUUUUUCUUUGAUGAGCUUUGUUAACCACUUCUGACAAAAUAAUUAACCAUGCUGCAAUAUGUUUCAAAACAUUUCCUUUUUUAAGUUUGAAAUAACUCUUAACUAAGUCUUAACUAUAUUCAUAUAUAUUUACCAAUAUUUACAAAAAUAUAAUAAACAACAAAUAAAAAAUAUCCACAAAAUCAUAUGUUCUCUAAGCAUGUAAAAAUUUUUUUAACUUUCUGCUGCCCACUUAACUAUCAUCCAUUGUGAAUUUCUUAGUUGUCGUGUACCCAGUUUAUACAUGGGAAUCCACAUAUCAUCAAUUGCAAGUGUAUGUUCAAAGAGUUUCUUACCUUCUGUAAUUGAAGUAAAAUUUGUUUGAUAUGCUGCAGUCUGGUUCAAGUUUUGAUCCUUUGUCAGUUCAUAUGGAAUCCAGGUUUUGUGCACUUUGUUGAGACCAAGUUUUUUUUUAAUGUAAACCAAAUCAUUUUGCAUGGAAUGCCAGUUGUUGCCUCAAUAGUUUGCAGACUCCAGUCCUAGAUUUCCUCAAAAGUUCCUUGUUGUUCUUGAUGUGAUUCUCUUCCUGUUGAGGUCACUUCUGUUCCUUCCUUAUGUCUUUUUGAUAUUCACUCUACCAUCUUUAAUUUGAGCAACCCAUCGAUGUGUAGUGCUGGCUAGAUGGCAUGACAACCUAAUGCUUUUCUUUGGUUUCUGUUAAUAUCGGCUGCUGACCAGUCGAGUAGGACGUUAAACUUCAGAAAAAGCCAUUGUUGAUAAUCAUCCAUUCAGUUUUGAAGUUCUAGACAAUUCAUUUUUAUUCACUAUUCAAAUAUUUUAAAUUAACUAUUUUGCAUACACUAUAAGUUGUUUCAACAAACACGUGUGAGAUUUGAUUGUUAUAGUAAAAUCACAGAACUGCUAUUGGAAUGCUUAUACUAUGUUCCAGUAACCCUAAUAUAAAAAAACAACAAUCAAAGAUAUAUCCUGUGUAAACUCAUACAAAUCAUUAAUACCUGAUUUAUCCAAUUCUAUUCCCUUUGCCAACAACAAAUUGCUAUUUUUCUUCAGAAAAUUUGACAUGCCAUUGUCAAAAUCUUGCAAAGUCUUGACUCUACCAUCCAUCUUUUAUAAGAAAAUUAAACUUACAGAUAGUAGCAUUUUCUUUCAUACUUUUUCAUUAAUUCAUCAAAAUAAAUAUAUGUCCAGCCAAUUAUAUUCCUCAACAUUAAAACCAAUUCCUAAAAACAGAACACAUUUAUUAUCUGCUAUGUUAAAAAUAUUCAAAACAUGCAUGUACAACCAGAUAUACACACAAAUAAUCAGUAAAAUAUUUUCUAAAUUGUGGCCUACCUCAUCAUUCUAGUCAUUAACCUUCUAAAUCAAUGAUUCCCAAACUUUUAUGAGCCAUUGUUUCCUUGGUUCCAUAAACUUAUACCUAAUGUCCCCUAAACUAUUUUCCCUUGUGUGAGAAAAUCUCUGAAAUAUUCUUAGAAAAACUUUCUAUGAAUCUCACACUCUGUGUCCGUACCGUAAAUUGUUUUGCACAUCUGGAAACCUAUAAACACAAUAUUUCUUCUUAUAAAUUUAUUUAAUAAAGGAAAGAGAAAGGUUGUCAGUGACUUAACCCUUGCCUGAGAUCACUAUUAGGUCAGUACUCUGCCUCCAGUGCUCCCUGCUGCCCAUCUGCUUCUUUUUCACUCCUAGAUUUAUGGCAGUAGCUCCCACUUUGGGAACCACUGUUCUAAAUAUUUAAAACAAAAGCAAAAUAAAAUACUUCAAGAAAAAAUUACCCACUUACAUAGUUUAUCCAGACAUGUCCCAAGCUAAUGACUCUCUUCUACCACACAAGCUAUUAGACAUCCUGAACAAUAAUUUUGAUCUGAAUCUAAUAAGUCAUGGUUAAAUAAUUAUUACAUAUUACAUACUGAUAAAAUAAAAAUUAAUGGCUUACUUUUAAGACUUCUCAUCAACUAGGAUUCAGCAAAGUUUAGCACUUUACUUUUUAUAGCAUACAUCAACAAUACUGUACUUUGAAAUGGCUUAUUUCUCUUACACUGAUGGUAUUAACAUUAUAAAUAAUUACCCAAAUUUGUACAAUAUAACCUAGAUAAAUUUUUGGAUAGAUUCCAUGAUCUUAAUCUCGUCAUUAAUCUAAACAAGACUGUAACCAUGUAUUUUGUCUUGUUAAGAUCCCAUCCUGAUUUUUCAUUAAAAAUUUACAACUUUAUAAUCAUAAUUGUACUUUUGUCAAUGUAGUUAAUUAAUGACUUAGGUAUUAUUGUCAAUGAUAAACUUGUUUAUAUUGAUAAAAUAAUAAAAAGUUUGGCAAUAUUCAGACAUUAGCUCCACAGUAUUGUAAACACUGAAGAAACUAAAUGCAUUUUAUCCAAACUUUUCUUAUGUGCCGUUUAUUUAAACAAUUUUCAUUGAUUAUGGUCUCCUAAAAGCAUUGAAGAAAUUUCUAAAUCAUCUGUGUUAAACUCACCUUUUAUCAAUUCUCUUGAAAUUGCUUAUAUACAAUGUGAUGUCUCAAACAUUCAUGAUAUUUGCAUAUUAUGAAGAAUUUUAACAUAUAAAUUUUUUAAUGGAUUAGUUUCCCUGAACAUUUUACUUUAUGUAUAUUUAAUUUUGUUACUCAUAAUAAUUAAUUCUUGCUUUAAUAUACCCCAAUAAACAAUGAGGGUCCUUACAUACAAUUUUUGCUUGUUACAAUGUCCAAUGAGCAUAGCCAUGCAUUUUCUGUGUAAACAGUAAAGAUAUCCUUGCUGGCAGGCAAUCAAGAGGAGAGGGAUAGAAAUUUUUCCCCAGGCCUGGAGAAAAUUAAGGGCCUUGAUAGUUCUUACCUCUUAAUUAAUGUUAAUUUUUCUGACAAAAAAUAAAAUUGUUUAAGUCUGCUUUUAUUAAUUAUUAAGAAUUUAAUUUAAUUAUUUAAUUAAU